AUGUCAUCUGAAACAACUAAUUUUCAAAUAUAUACAGCAAUACAAUCUCUUGAAGACCUUAAGAGGGUUUAUAAUGAACAAAGUGAAGAGGAAUCGGUUCAGGGUGAAGACUUAAUUGAAGAUACCAGACAUUCCUAUCAUGAAACACAUCCAACUUUAAUAAAAAUAAAAUUUCCUAAUUACUUAUUUGAGUUUUAUAGUUUAAACAUUACUAUACAAGAUUUUAUUCUUUCAGAAUUAGCAUCUGAGCAACCUUGGACACAUGAAAUCAUUACGGAUAUUGCAAUUCAAUAUUUUCAACAUUUAUAUAAAGAUUAUCUUGCUUUGAAAAAGAACCCUAAUGCUUUUGAUAAUCGAAACAUUAAGCAGCGCCGUGAUAAUUGUCUUAGUAUAAAAUCUAAAGCAUUAUUAAAAGCCUUGGAUCAAUAUUCUGAUGUUGAAGAUUUGCAUUAUCCAAAAGAAGAAAUUAAACUCAUUCUUCAUAAACAUUCUGGUAUUCCAUGCCCAAGUACGUGGUCACCCUAUUCAAAAGAAAAAGAAAAGGAUAAUGGCAUGUUCAAACGUGUUUAUUCUGAAUCCGAACAUUCGCAAUAUGAGAAAUUAAUUGGUCUCUUACCUGAUAAGUUAUCUUUUCUUCCUGAUUGGGCUUAUGAGGUACUAAUAUAA